AUGCCUAGGCAACGCCGGGAAAAGACCGACGACGAAAUUGCAGUGGAGAAGCGCCUACGUGCCGACGUCCGUCGUCUCAAUCGUGCCCUGGAAACGCCCGAGCAACGAGCCCGGCGGCAAGCGAGAGACCGCGAGUCGAGGUGCGCCCGGAGGCAACAGGAAAGAGACCAGCUGCGCGACGCAGGAAUCGUCAGCGACCGAGAGGCGAAGCGAGCGUACCGGGCGGCAGAAACACCCGAAGCUCGUGCCAAACGGUUAACCAAGGCCCGCCAAGCACAACGGAAACGCCGGCAAGCAGAAACUGCAGAAGAGCGCGCCCGAAGACGUGCAAAAGACCGUGAUGCCAAGCGAGCCCGCCGUGAGGCAGAAACUCCAGAAGAGCGUGCCCAAAGACGUGAAAAAGACCGUGAAGCCAAACGAGCCCGCCGAGAAAUGGAAACUCCAGAAGGGCGCGCCCAAAGGCUUGCAAAAAAACGUGAAGCCAUGCGAGCCCGCCGUUAG